GGCAGUGAUUGCGGAAGAGAUGAAUGUGAAUUACAUCUCCUACGUUGCCUUGACAAAAGAGUUUCUACCGUUUUUCCAGAGCGAGAAGGAUACUCCAACAUCGUUUAUAUACACGUCAUCUAAUCUAGCCCUCGUCCCUAUCCUGCGAUGCUCCAACUACUGCGCCUCUAAGGCGGCCCUGCACCACUGGAUUCUCUGCCUACGGGAACAGCUAAAGGAAACAAAUAUCAGGGUCAUCGAAGUCUUUCCGCCUAUUGUUGAGACUGAAUUACAUGAUCCAAAGCAUCAACCCGAUAUGGCGGAAACAGUCAAGGGGCGUUUUGGAAUACCUGUGGGGCAGUUCACCAAGGAAGUAAGUUUCUCCUCGUUUCUCAUAUGCACCUGCGCUGCUGAUCUGGUUGUAUAGGCCAUGG